AUGGACAUAUACAAGCAAUAUGAACGUGUAUUCAACCACUUGGAUGAAAAUGGAGAUGGAAAAAUAUCGCCUUGUGAGCUUCAAAAGUGCGCUGACUUAAUAGGUGGGGCAAUGUCCCCAGAAGAGGCGGAGAUGGCCGUCGUGUUGAUGGACUCGGAUGGAGAUGGAUUGUUGUGUUUGGAGGAUUUCUUGAAGCUAGUCGAAGGAGCAGAAGAAGAAGAAAAGGCAAAAGAUUUGAAGGAGGCCUUUAGGAUGUACGAAAUGGAGGGGAGUGGAUGCAUAACACCGAAGAGUUUAAAGAGAAUGCUUAGCAGAUUGGGAGAGUCCAAAACCAUUGAUGAAUGCAAAUUGAUGAUAGAUCACUUUGAUAUCAAUGGGGAUGGACAACUCAAUUUCGAUGAGUUUAAGGUUAUGAUGUCUUGUUGA